AUGGGUGUUACAUUUGCACCUCAGUUCCCCAAUUUUCCUACCACACAUUUCUCUAUGUCUAGUGGAAUAACCCAACCGCCCAAUUACCAGGCUUUCUAUAGAGUUUUAUCCAAUCCAAAAAGCAUCCGCCUGUUGCAGGUAUCCAGAGAUACUGGUUGUAUGAAGUAUGCAAUUAACUAUGAGCAAUACCUCAUUAUGCACCGCACUUGGAAACUUUGCAUUCGAGAAGACUUGUCAUUCUCGUUCAACAAUAAGGACUUCAAGAUCCUGCUCACUGCCACCGCCAGUCCAAACGAAAUGGCUGACUUGAUAGUCCGAGAAGUUACUAAACCAGUGAACUAUCCAGAUCACCAAAUGGGAAUGAAAACCUGCCGCUAUGAAAACCAGUCAAAAUUGGGUCGUCUUACCGAAUUCUUUUUGAUCCCUGACAAUAUUUGCGAUGAGUCUCUACAUGUUAGAAUCGAUACCUGGGUCGAUCGACGGACUCUCAUGAAGUUUGCAAAUGUCAAGAUUGAAAGUUUCAACAUAGAGUACCAUUAUAGGCAACAGUAUGGAUGUCGAGUGGAUAUUUCCGAAUCGACUUGCAAAGUUCUGUACUCUCCAAUCCAUGGGCCUCUUUUGGGAGGAAAUUUGGAUGAGCCAACCGUUCGAAGCCAGGUGAUGCGAAAUGACCAGCUAGAAUGGCUUCAAAAAUUGAUUCACAAGACAGCAAUAUAUUUUCAGGAUGGAAAAAAUAAUAUUGGUUUUGCUCCGUAUUCUGCUGAUAGUAUUGUGGGUUGGUAA